AUGCUGAAGACACCCGCUAAUCUGCUGUCGAAAAAUGAUGAAAAGGCCAUGGUCAUGGUCACCGACGGGACCAAGAUGUGGAAAGAUCCUAUUCUUGCUGGCUCCAUUUGCGAAAAAAUGCAAGAUUACGAGGACAGAGGCUACAUCCGACGACUUCAGCCAGGCGAAAUCUCCGCACAAGACCUGGAGGCGACGCUGAAGCACCAUCAGAACAUUAUCGAGGAUCACGUGCAGGAGAUAGAGUACUUAACGAAACAGAAUGCGACCCUGCGCGAGGUGAACGACUCGCGGAUGAAGAUCUACGAGCAGCGGGAGGUGAGCAUUCAAGACCUGGCGCGGGACAAGCACAAGCUGGCGCUCGAGUACCAGGCGGAGAAGAAGCACGUCAAACAGCUGUGUAGCAAUAUAGAGAGCUUAGAAACCGAAGUAGAGGAGCCGACCCGAUCGCUCGAGGAUGCGCGGCAGCAGGUGGAGGCGGACCGGCGAACGAAGAAAACGGAACGGCUGCUAGGUCAGCAGCAGCAGCAAUUGCCCGGGCAGCCUGUGAUUGUAAUCAACAGCUCGACCAGCCAUGCAUCGAAAGACGCCAUACCGAACGUUCCUUCGCAGGAGGGCGUUAGCACCAGUCGACAGACAACCGAACCCUGUCAAUCGGCCAAAGCGAUGCCCGCUGGAGCGGCAAAGCAAAGUGAUCCAGCAGCACCGUCGGCCGGUGCGGGUGAGCCACGCACCGAGGAGGAUGGAAUCGAGCAGUGCGAGCGGGACGGUGGGCCCACGGCCGACGACCACACGCUCAGCGAGGACAGCGAGGAGAUGCUGCGCAUCAUGCAGGAGCUCAAGCGUACGCAAAAGACCGAGAUUCAGAGCCGCCACUAA